AUGGACGAAGUUAGCUCUAUUCCUUUUGAAUCACCAGGUGGUGGUAUGUAUUGGAAACCUCGGGUUGGAGCUGAAUUUAAACCUUAUCUAAACCAAAGCUUCCGAUCACUAGAGGAUGGUAUAGAGUUUUACCGAGAGUAUGGACGUAAAAGUGGGUUUGAGAUCAGACGGCAUACAGAGAAGAAACAUGAGGACGGUACAGUUCUUCUUAAACACAUUGUUUGCAGUAGAGCUGGCAGCAAUGAAUCAAAGAUGGAUGUUGAUUAUGAGGAUUUUAGUAGCAGUUCGAAAAAGAGAAGGAGAACUGUAUCUAGUAGAUGUGGUUGCAAAGCUAAAGUCGUGUUUAAGUUUGAUGGUUUGAAAGGAUAUAAUGUUCUCUCAUUUGUUGAAGAAGGAUAUAAUGUUCUCUCCUUCGUUGAAGAGCAUUCUCAUUUUUUGGUCUCCGGUAGUGGGAAACAAUUUUUGAAGUCAAAUAGAGUUCUCGGUCUCGCACAUAAGAAACUUGUAUUUGAUGGAGCAAAAGCCAACAUGGGGCCUAACAAAACAUAUAACUUUGCUAAGGAGUUGUGUGGAAGUUAUUCUAAUGUUGGUGCUACGUGUACCGAGUUUAAAAAUUGGAGUAGGGAUGUGAAGCUUUAUAUUGGUGAUCGAGAUGCUCAAAUGAUCAUCGAGAAGUUCACGGCUAAGAAGGAGAUGAGUGAUGGAUUUUUCUAUGAUUAUGCAGUCGAUGAAGGUGGUCGAUUAACUCGCAUUUUUUGGGCAGAUGUUAUUGGACGAAGAAAUUAUGAUGUAUUUGGAGAUGUGAUAUCAUUUGACUCUACAUAUUCCACAAACAAGUAA